AUGGGCCUGACGUAUGCCACCGCCUUUAAUUGCAAGGCACUUCUCCAUUCCACGCUUGCUGUUGAUUUGGCCAAAGGCCCUCUGUGUUCUAACAGCGUUUCCUUUAAAUACCGUGAUUUUGUAAUUGGCUCCUUUGUUUCUUUUGAUAACACCAAAGCAAUGAUUGAUAGCCAUUCUUUUGCAAUUGGAGUUGAUUAUCCAAAUUAUAAGGCCACACUUCAUGCUAUCAAUGGCGGCUCCUCGAUUAUGACCACAUUAUAUCAAAAGUUUCCGUCCGGUACAGAAGUUGGAUGUAAAGUGACACAUGCAAAAGCACUGUCUUCUUCAUUAUUGGAAUUUGGAUGCAGGAUUCCCGUGGAAAAGCAGGCCUUUUUAAAGGCAAAAAUGGACCAUACCGGAAAGGCCGCCCUCUCUUACACCUCUCGUCUCAGUCAACGCGUUUCGUUGACACUUGCCGCUGCAUUUGAUUCUCUUGCACCCAAUGACCUCAGUUCUCGUAAGCUGGGAUGCUCCCUGAAUGUGGAGAUGUAA